GGUUGUAUGGUUGGACCCUGGAAAUGGGAUGUCAGUCCCGUUCAGGGAGCAUAAAGGAAGAGGGAAAAUCUCCCAGUUGCUGCCGCUGUGACAGCGAGUGAGAGCCAGAGCAGGAAAAUGUCGACAGUCACAUCAGCAAUCCAGGCUCCUCAGGGCCCUGUGAAUCCACCACCUCCGGAGGUCACUAAUCCUAAUAAGCCUGGCAGGAAGACCAACCAAUUGCAAUAUAUGCAAAAUGUUGUGGUAAAGACCUUGUGGAAGCAUCAGUUUGCUUGGCCUUUCUACCAACCUGUUGAUGCAAUUAAAUUGAAUUUACCGGAUUAUCACAAAAUAAUAAAAAAUCCCAUGGACAUGGGGACGAUCAAGAAGCGCCUGGAACAUAACUAUUACUGGAGUGCCAGUGAAUGUAUGCAGGAUUUCAACACCAUGUUUACAAAUUGUUACAUUUAUAACAAGCCCACCGAUGACAUCGUCCUCAUGGCCCAAGCCCUGGAGAAGAUAUUUCUGCAGAAGGUGGCCCAGAUGCCUCAGGAGGAAGUUGAGUUAUUACCCCCAGUUCCUAAAGGCAAAGGUCGCAAGCCGUCAGCAGGCACACAGAGUGCAGGAGCGCAGCAAGCAGUGGCCGUGUCUUCCGUCUCCCCGCCGGCCCCGUUCCAGAACGUCCCUCCAGCCGUGUCUCAGACGCCCGUCAUUGCUGCCACCCCCGUGCCAACCAUCACUGCUAAUGUCCCGCCUGUCACUGCCCCUCCCGCCGCUGCUCCCCCUCCGCCUGCUGCUCCGAUAAUUCCCGUGGUGCCUCCUACGCCACCGGUAGUCAAGAAAAAGGGAGUGAAGCGGAAAGCAGACACGACAACCCCUACCACCUCCGCGAUCACUGCCAGCCGCAGCGAGUCACCCACACCCCUCUCGGACCCCAAGCAGGCCAAAAUCAUCGCUCGACGGGAGAGCGGCGGCCGGCCCAUCAAACCACCAAAGAAAGACCUUGAAGACGGAGAGGUGCCCCAGCACGCAGGGAAGAAAGGCAAACUCUCUGAGCACCUCAAGUACUGUGACAGCAUUCUCAAGGAGAUGCUCUCGAAGAAGCAUGCAGCCUAUGCAUGGCCCUUUUACAAGCCUGUUGAUGCAGAGGCCUUGGAAUUACAUGACUAUCAUGAUAUUAUCAAACACCCCAUGGAUCUCAGUACUGUUAAAAAAAAAAUGGACAGUCGGGAAUACCAGGAUGCACAAGGUUUUGCAGCAGAUAUUCGGUUAAUGUUCUCUAAUUGUUACAAGUACAAUCCUCCAGACCAUGAAGUGGUAGCCAUGGCCAGGAAGCUCCAGGAUGUCUUUGAGAUGAGGUUCGCGAAGAUGCCUGAUGAGCCUGCAGAGGCCCCCCCUCCACCUCCACCAACAGCACCAGUGGUGAGCAAAAGCACAGAGAGCAGUCACAGCAGUGAGGAGAGCUCCUCCGACUCGGAUAGCUCAGACUCAGAAGAAGAGCGAGCGACUCGGCUGGCGGAGCUCCAGGAGCAGCUAAAAGCUGUUCAUGAGCAGCUAGCUGCGUUGUCACAAGCACCAGUGAACAAACCAAAGAAAAAAAAAGAGAAGAAGGAAAAAGAAAAGAAAAAGAAAGAUAAAGAGAAGGAAAAAGAAAAGCACAAAGUAAAAGCUGAGGAGGAGAAGAAACCCAAGGUGGCUCAGCCACCAAAACAAACCCAACAGAAGAAGGCCCCAGCUAAGAAAGCAAACAGCACAACCACAGCAAACAGGCAGCCCAAGAAAGGAGGCAAGCAGGCAUCUGCAACCUACGAUUCGGACGAGGAGGAGGAAGGUCUGCCCAUGACCUAUGAUGAGAAACGACAACUCAGCUUGGACAUCAACCGCCUGCCCGGGGAGAAGCUGGGCAGGGUGGUGCACAUCAUCCAGUCACGGGAACCUUCCCUCAGAGACUCCAAUCCAGAUGAGAUAGAAAUAGAUUUUGAAACACUGAAGCCCACAACUUUACGAGAACUGGAGAGAUACGUGAAAUCUUGUUUACAGAAAAAACAAAGGAAACCAUUUUCUGCAAGUGGAAAAAAGCAAGCAGCGAAGUCAAAAGAGGAGUUAGCUCAGGAAAAGAAGAAAGAACUAGAAAAACGGUUACAGGACGUCAGUGGGCAGCUAAACAACAACAAGAAGCCUGCAAAGAAAGAGAAAUCUGGCUCAGCUCCCUCCGGAGGCCCUUCCCGGCUCAGCAGCAGCAGCUCCUCCGAGUCUGGGAGCAGCAGCUCCAGUGGCUCCAGCUCAGACAGCAGCGAUUCGGAAUGAGUUACGGACACUUACACAAAACACAAAAUGGACAUCACCCUUACCGAUGCUCUGCAGUGUUCCUUUCUCUCCUUAAUAUACUGCUUUUGUUUCACGGUGGUCAGGUUUUUUUUUCCUCUCUCUCUUUCUGACUUUAUUUUAUUUUUUAAUUCAGUGUUAUAAAAGGUAUCUUCCAUUUUUCUGGGGGGCGCUCUUUUAAUAGGUCAAAGAUCUUUAUGUGUGCGUGUGUGUGUGUGACUAGACUUUAUGACAAAUAGUUCCCCUUGCAUAAAGUCUCUAAA